AUGGACACGAGCAUCAAUAAAUCCAAUGAAAUAAAUGAAGGAGAAGAAAAUGUUGCUCCUCUUGCUCCUUUUAGUUGUCUUGUUUGUCGGAAAAGCAAACUGAAGUGUGAUCGUACAAAACCUUCCUGCAGUCGAUGCAGCAAGCAAAGCUAUGAUUGCGUUUAUUCUUUAUCAAGGCAACCGUACCAAAGCAAAACCCGUGGCCAAGCAAAAGAGUUGGAGGCCAAACUUGGACGCCUGGAGAGACUGCUUAGCAGCUCGCAAGAGACGGGGGCAUCCAACAUCGAAAGCAGCCAAAGCAGAUACAAUCCUCUUGCAACAGUUGACGCCACGCCGGAUAGUCAAGAGGAAGACGCCGUUGUCAGGCUGGGCCUAUUUGAGGAGUCGCCUCCUCGACAGUUGAUCGAAACAUUAAUCCAUCAGGUUACACCCCUGCUACAUCGCCAGAGAUUCAUGGCAUCCAUCUUCCUGCCGGACCAUAUGAAGCCUCCGAUGUGUCUUCAAUACAUCGUUAUGGCCUCUGCUGCAGAGACAUCUGACGCCUACCGCCACCUGGGCAUGGUAUUUUACAAGCGUGCCGUAAAAUAUCUUCAACAAGACGACUUGGGUGUACAAGCCAGGGCUCUGAUAUCCUGUUUCGAAGCUGAGCACUCUAUGUUUUCAAAGGCUUCUAUAACACUCUGUUCUGCCAUUAGAGCUGCACAGAUGCUAAACCUGCAUCAAGUUGACUUCGCCAGAUCGGGUGGGGACCAACAUGUUGACUGGAUAGGAGUUGAAGAACGACGCCGUACAUGGUGGACCAUAUUCUGCUAUGAUCGCUUUACCUGUGCCACGACUGGAUGGCCAGCGCUUAUACAUGAUCGUAACAUCAAAACUCGACUUCCAGCCUCAGACAACGCUUAUGAGAACGGCCAAGAGGAGCACACGCGCUUCAUCGGAGACCAGUUACUCGAAUCCGAACAACACUCCACAUUUGCUGGAGCUGUGCUCGCAGCGCAUAUCUUCCACCGCACCAUAGAACAUACUGGAUCGAAUAACAGCCAGUAUCAAGAAGAUCAGGACUUCAACGGAGACUUGUACUGGCAGAGGCAUAAAGGCAUUGAUAAUGAUCUCAAGUUCAUGUUAUUGAUGCUACCAAAGAAUCUUUGUCUUCCUGCCAACUACAGGACUCACAACGCUAUUUUCGUCAACGUCAUGUUGCAGACUGCUACUAUCUGCCUUCACCGAGCAGCUUUGUGGAGGAUGAAGUCGAAUUUACAGGGGUUACCGGUUUACCUGAUCCGGCUAUCUCAAGACCGUCUACUUCCAGCAGCUGAAGAGAUACUCAACAUUUUUAGAAUCAUACCAGAUCUUGGUGCGACGUUUACGAACCCCCUUAUUUGCUUUGCUGCAUAUAUGGCUUCUCUAGUAUUUAUGGCAAGUACAUCUCCGACAGAGCCUGAUAGAGAACAUGGUCAGAAUCUAGACUUCACACUCAAGAUUUUGGCUACUUUUGGUAAUACAAAUCUCGUUGCCAAUGCUUUGGCGAACGAAAUUGUCAAGGAAAUGAAGAAAUGUGGUAUCACAUCUCCUUCCAUGCACAAGGUUAACUUACAAGAGACACCACUAGAUAUCCCAUUACUCGCUACGCAACGUCUUUAUUCCUAUCCACGGAGUUCGUUCUCUUGA